CUGUUUUCAGCUGUCAAAAUUGGACUUAGCAAAAUUUGCCUUGUUUUCGGUUUGUUCUGUUUGCGAAUGAAGUUUUCCGUCGUCAUCGGAACAAAAUGGAUCGGCCUUGCUGCCCCUACCAGGAAUGUCCAUCUUAACGUGUGUGUCAAUCAAGAAGCCGAUUCCAAACCGGGCUUCGGUGAUGGCCAAGCUUCCGAUGCAACGCGGCAACAAAGGGGACAUCGUCCAGUAAGGCGAACAAUUACAUCCGCCGCCGUUCUUCGUCAUGGACAAUAUCGAUGCCCAACGAUUUCCGGCGGUAGCAAAACGCCCAACAACAGGAAAACGCUGAUUGCGAUCGCGCCAGGACGUAACGGCGACAACGGCUCUUCCGGCGAGAACAGGGUGGCCGCGCAGAAUAUGCACGCAAUCAAGUUGGCAACGUUGCCGCGAACUCAGGCGAAUUCGGACAAGGGAAAUUGGGGAGCGGCAAUGGUGUUGAUCCGUUUGGUGAGUGUUCCCAGCCUUUUGGGGGGAUAAGAAGGUACCAUCUCGGUGAUGCGGGAGGUUGUGGAGCGGAACAUCGAACAGCUGCUGUUCAAGCGAGAUGACGAUUUCGUGUACGUGUCAACUGAGCGAGUUGUCCCGACCGCCCAGAAGCAAACCAACGAGGCGUCUGCGCAAACGCGUGCCAACGAUCGCCAAACCUCCGCCCGGUUUUCAAUGGACGUCACCUGGACUCGCCCAAACUCUGACUGCCUUCGGCAAAUUCAAAGGAACCGCUCUCCAACUGUGCAGCCUGGAAGCUUCCCAGAUUAUCGCGACCAUCCCCAAAACAAGCACCUUCGUCAUGCGCGACAUCGAGUCCAUCCCGAAGGGCAUAGGCGCCGGUCCCCGCAAACCCGAUCUCGACCCGUACAUAACCAACCGCCGUCCGCGAAGAAAACCCCCGCACGGAUUCCACAUCCUGCUCCAAAUCAAAACCAAGUCGGAAUUCCUGCGUCUCCUUCUGCACAUCACCGACGAGUCGUGCACCCAUUUCGACAUCAACACGCCCUUCCCCGGCCGGAAGCACCUGGAACCGAUCACCUUGUAG